AUGGCGAUUCGGUUUAGAAUAAAUUCAAAAAGUAACGGAAUUUGUAUCAAGGUUUGGUUUCAAAAUCGUCGGACGAAAUGGAGGAAAAAACACGCGGCGGAAAUGGCGACGGCAAAACGUAAACAAGACGAACAACACGCGGAUUUAAAUGACGACAUGUCCGGUGACGAAGACGAUUUGGGAAGGACGAUGACGACAACGAUGACGUCAACGACGGCAGCCUCGAGAUUGAGAAAAGAAUUAGGAGAACACGAAGAAUUAGGAAGGCAAUGA